AAAUAAAAUUAAUAAUAUCUCUAGUUCGUGAAGGCGCAAAAGUCGUACGUAGUUGAUCGAACUCUUAUGUCGAAAAAAUGGCGCUCUCUUGUGCGAUUUCCAAUGAAGUGCCAGAACACCCUGUAUUGUCUCCGGUAUCUGGUUCUAUAUUUGAAAAACGUCUCAUCGAGAAGUAUGUUGCGGAAAAUGGAGUGGAUCCCAUCACUGGCAAAGAGUUAACCAUAGAACAAUUGAUUGAUGUUAAAACUACUCCAAUUGUUAAACCUAAACCACCGAGUGCCACAUCAAUUCCAGCUAUAUUAAAAAUAUUACAAGAUGAAUGGGACGCUGUUAUGCUGCAUUCGUUCACUCUUAGACAACAAUUACAAACAGCUAGACAAGAGUUGUCCCAUGCUUUGUAUCAGCAUGAUGCAGCUUGCAGAGUAAUCGCUAGAUUAACUAAAGAAGUUACAGCCGCCAGAGAAGCUUUGGCUACUCUUAAACCGCAAGCUGGAAUUGUUCAGGCAACGGUUAUUCCGCAACCGGCUGUGGCAGUCGAAGCUGGUGGAACAGCUGCUCAGCCAAUGGAACAAGCCGGUAUUACCGAAGAUGUCAUCCAAAAAUUACAAGAAAGAGCAACUGUUCUUACACAGGAAAGAAAACGCCGUGGACGUUCAGUUCCUGAAGACCUACUUCCUCAGGAUAGCAUUCGAACAUUUCAAACACUUGCAUCUCAUCCUGGUCUUCAUUCUGCUAGUGUACCUGGAAUUUUGGCUUUGGAUAUCCAUGGUGCAGAUACAAGCAAAAUUUUAACUGGUGGAGCUGAUAAAAAUGCAACUGUAUUUAAUAAAGAUACAGAACAGGUUGUCGCUAUCUUAAAAGGUCAUACUAAGAAGGUUACUAGAGUAAUUUAUCAUCCCGAAGAAGAUAUAGUAAUGACUGCAUCACCUGAUACUACAAUCAGAGUAUGGAAUGUUGCUACAAGUCAAACAACUUUAUUACUAAAGGCUCAUGAUGCUCCUGUAACCGGAUUGUCAUUACAUCCGACUGGAGAUUAUCUGCUAAGUUCAUCAUUAGAUCAACAUUGGGCAUUUUCUGAUAUUCGUACUGGAAGAUUAUUAACUAAGGUGGCUGGUCAAACUAGUCAGCCAUUAACCACAGCACAAUUUCAUCCAGAUGGAUUAAUUUUUGGUACCGGAACUGCUGACUCCCAAGUGAAAAUUUGGGAUUUGAAGGAGCAAUCGAACGUCGCUAACUUUCCUGGUCAUUCAGGCCCAAUCACAGCUAUUAGUUUUUCGGAAAAUGGUUAUUAUUUGGCUACAGCUGCUGAGGAUUCUUGCGUCAAACUAUGGGAUUUACGAAAAUUGAAAAAUUUCAAAACUCUGCAAUUGGAGGAGGCAUAUGAAGUUAAAGAUAUUUGCUUUGACCAAAGUGGUACUUACUUGGCUGUUGCUGGAACGGAUGUUAGAGUAUAUUUGUGUAAACAAUGGCAAGAGUUGAAAGUAUUGAACGAUCAUACAGCAACGGCAACAGGUGUACGUUUUGGAAAACACGCACAAUAUAUAGCAUCCACUAGUAUGGAUAGAACAUUAAAACUUUAUGGUCUCCCUUAAAUUGACUUUAUAGGAAUGUGACAAUUAUUUUAAGAACUAUGUAGGACUUAUAUAACAUUAUUUCUCUAUAUCAGUUUUAUUAUUAGAUUUAUAUUGAUAAUAUUUUGUUCUUAUAUAGAGAUCGUACCCCAUUAAUUUAGAUUAUAUUUCUUAAUUUAAUAUGCAUUUCUUAUAUACACAAAUAGUUC